AUGCCACCAAAGUCACGAAAAUAUCUAAAUAAACUUGAAAAACUCACACGCAAAGAUGCGCGCCAAUUUGACAAAGAGAUGGCUCUCUAUAUGGAGCAAAUCACUGACUUUCAAAACUUUGUCGAUCGUGUUGAUGAUUGGUACAACAAGAAUGAGAAACGCUACCUAAAAUUCAUGUCUCUGUAUGGAGAAGAUGUAAUCUCUGAGACCGAAUUCAAACUCGCCUUCCGUAACUUACGGGCACCGUUUACUGCACCGGAGGAGCACAUAAUCUGUAGAAUGAUUGAUCCUGAGAAGACUGGACAAAUUGAAUAUGCUAAACUGUAUGAGGGGAUAUGGAAAGCACUAGCCAAUAAAUAUGUCCAAGAUGAUGAUCCAAAUGUACUAGAUUUAGAGCGACCUGACCAAUGGCUGAUGGCUACGUUCAAGGUACCCACUUAUGAGCCCUUGGAUAUGCCAACCACUUUCGAAGCGUUGAUCACUCAGGACCACACAGGUCACAUGCUACGUGAGCUGAUCCGCAUGAAAGUGCCUCAUUUAGCAACUAAGGCUAUUGUUGUUUUCACCGAAGCCAGCAAGUACACUGAGUCACUAAUCAAGUGUCAGCAAAAGUUGUCGGAAUUCAACUUCACCGGAGGACCAAAAUCUUGUGCCGUCAGCGGUCUUGUUGCCGAUGCGAGAACCCUUAUCGACCGGGCUCGUGUUGAAGCCGCUCAUCACUGGUUUGUGUACAACAGCGAAAUGACAACUGAGGAUGUUACCCAGGCUGUGAGUAAACUCGCUCUUGCUUUCGGCGACGACGAUGCCGAUGCGGGAGCCAUGAGUCGGCCCUUUGGUGUUGCUCUUAUGUUUGCCGGUUAUGAUGAAAUCGGACCACAACUGUUCCACAUGGAUCCCAGUGGUACGUACAUCCAGUACGAAGCAAAGGCCAUUGGGUCCGGCUCCGAGGGAGCACAGCAAGCUCUCCAGGAGGUCUUCAACAGGGACAUAACGCUCGAAGAGGCGUGUGUACAGGCCCUCACCAUCCUUAGACAGGUUAUGGAGGAAAAAUUGGACGCAACCAAUGUUGAGGCAAGCCUUCUUUUCUCUAUCCAGCAGAUGGCUUAG